AUGCUCAAGCAUCUACAAGCAGAGUCUUCGAUGGCCUCGAAUGAAGCGGUUGUGGGAGCUGAAGAAGAAGCUUGGCGAACUAUGGUUCAGGGUGAGGGUGACCCGAAUGCAGCUGGUGUGGCUGAGUCGAAGGACAAGAUGCUCAAGGUGGAGAAGAACAAUGAGAACAGGAGCCUCAAGACCAACCGGCUCUUCCCAACGCCCAACAAGCCGGAUCCUAUGCCACACAAUUUGGCGUUCCUAUUCACGAAGAUCACGCCGGAGCAGAUGAUGUACAUGUGGAACGUGCUCACGUUCAUCUUCCUGACCCAGUGCACGAUGAUCGUGGCCUACUGCGCGGCCUUGGCGAUGUUCCCAGAGAUGUGGUGGACAUGCACCCUCUGCUUCGGCAUCCCGUUCUCGUAUGUGGCCAUUCAGCAGAUCUACAUUGAUCACGAUGUGAUGCACGGCGCCACUUUCCCUGUCUACGAGUUCCAGAAGUUCUUAACCCACCCGUUCGCUGACUUCUUUUCCCUGCCCUGGGAGGAGUUUGUUCUGGAGCACAACAGGCACCACGCCUCCACCGUUGACCUGCUGAUCCAGGGCGAGUUCGGCUGGGACCCGGAGGAGUUCCACUAUGCCUUGCAGCAGUGGGCCGGGCCAUGGAGCUCGAACUGGUACAAGUACAUCCUCACUGUUCCGUUUAUUCCUGUGAUCCAUUUCUUUGGCCUGAACGACACGGGCUCGCUCUUCGCACUGGAGUGGUGGAUGCAUUUCCCGGAUGAGGGCGCAGGUGGCAAGUGCAACAAGGAGUUCUGGUCCAAGUGGGUGCCCCGCCGUGUGAAGCACAACAGCUUUGUGCUCUGUUUGUGGGCCCUCGUCUGGCUCCUGGGCACGUACCCUCUUGGACGCCCUCUGAGUGAGGGCUGGCGUUUUGUCUUCACAGUCUCAUUUUUCGCCCGUGUCGGCUUCUCGGCGGCCUGGAUGUUUAUCACAAACUUUACCCAUUCGUUGCCGUGGAACGAGUUCCUAGCACAGGACCGAUUUGUGAGCGACUUGUGA